CACAGUCGGACUGACGUAAAUGACGUAAGUGACGUAAGCGAAGCUUCCUGUUGUGAAGGGAAACAACUGUCGUGAGUGUCUGAGUGAGUUUAUUACAACUUACCCUGUUAAAGUUUUGGCUUCCAAGAGUUGUGAAGACUGGAGGAGCCAUGCCUUUCCUCCAUGGGUUUCGUAGGAUCAUAUAUGAGUAUCAGCCACUGGUAGAUGCUGUCAUGUGUGUUGUUGGACUGGAGGAAGCAGACAGUAGUCAUAAGGACAGAGUCAGAAGCCCUGAAGAUCAGUCUGGUGUUUGUGGCUCUCUAGCGCAGCUUCUGGAGCGCGAGUCCAAGUCCGACGUGUUUAUGGAAGGCAUCGGCUACGCUCUGUUUAAGGUGGCAGAGCGGGGACUGGUGAAUGCAGCUGAAAUCCUUCUACGCUAUGGAGCUGAUCUAAAUUUUGAAGACCCAGUGUCUUACUACAAUCCUCUACACAUCGCUGUUUUGAGGAACAAGCCAAACAUGGUGAGGCUGCUGGUCGGGCAUGGAGCAAGUGUUGAAAGGAGAGACAGGAUCCAUGAGAGCAGUCCUUUGGAUCUUGCCGGUGAGGAGUCAGAGAGGCUCACCUGCCUGCUCACCCUGCUGGACCUGGGUGCUGAUGUGAAUGCAAUGGAUAAACAUGGAAAAACCCCUUUGCUCCAUGCAUUGGCAAGCAGCGAUGGACUCACUGUGCACAACACAGAGAACAUCCAUCUUCUACUUCAGAGAGGUGCCGACGUUAAGGCUGCUACUGUAGACGGUGACACAGUUGAGUCCUCCUUGGUGUUUCUGGUGAAGGAGGCUCUGGAGGCCAAUACGGAGGACGCUGCGGAGAUCGGUAACUUCUGCGUGAAAACCACACAGCUACUGCUAGCUCACGGCGUGGACCCCAGCUGCUGUCUGAAUGAGGAUGGCGAGCCCUCCCUGACACAGACGAGCCUGGAGCACUUUGACCUGCUCUUCCCUCUGGCUGUGCUCUUAAUCCAAAGCGGAGCCUCUUUUGUUUGCUCCUAUCACGGCGAGUCCUGUUGGUCAGGUUACAGCCUUCUUUUCCAGCGGCUGCAAACAGCCCUGCAGCAGUGCUCGGAUCGAAGUCACAAUUCUGAGCUUCUGGAGCAAGCAGAGGUGUUGCUCGACUUAGCGAGGGUAGACGUCCCCUUGCUGCAUCUGCCUCUCAGGCUGGAGCUCCCUGUGGCCGGUGGGGACCCUCACCCCUAUGCUCAGGCUCUGGUAGACCUGCACGACCGUGUAGUACAAGUGAGCCCUCCUGCUCUACGAUGCCUUUGUAGGGCAUUCAUAAGGAGCCACCUACAGCCUUGGCCCCUGACAGACAGAGUCAAAGCCUUGCCAUUACCCGACAGACUGAAAGACUUUAUUCUUCCUGAACACACAUAUACCCCAAAGCCUGGCUGGGACUGCUUCAAACCCCAACAUAGCCAGCGCUGACAAUGUCGGUCUGUAAUAAUUUGUAUAACAUGUCUGACCAUAAAUUAACCUAAAACUAACAAACUAUUGAGGCCUUUGUUUAAUCUUAUUGUUGUUGUCUGUGCUAAAUGAGAAGACACAUGCGGGUAUAUUUACUUUAUGAUACAAAGGUAUGCCUGUAAAAAUGACCCUGUGACUUUUCACUGAGUUCUCACUGGUAUGAUUAAACUGCUGUACAGUUGAGCGAAUCAUAUUGAUGUGUAAAGGGAUCUGCAAUACAAAAUACAAGCCACCAGAUGGCAGUGUUGAUCUUGCGUCUCAAAAGCGCCUCAGAUGUCGGGGUCAAAGAUUUAGUUAUUCACAGUGCAGCCUAUUUAAGUUGUUCCAGUGCAGUAGGCUCCAUCUAUAUUUCAUCUCCUCAACGUGAUGGUGGUGCUUUGUGGUAUCCCCUGCUUAAUCUGAAGUUGAACCAAUAAAACAGGCAUGUGUCUCGCCAA